ACAUCGCCGUGACAUAAUACCCCGCCAGUGUUGCAAAAUACUCUGUCAUACAACACUACCGCGCGUGCUGGAAAAAAACGUGCGCGUUUAUUCGUCGCAUUUUGUUAAGAUUAUUCCUUAAAUCCGAGUACUUCUGCCUCCGAAACCGACUCCCCAAAGAUGUGGCCGCGAUUUGGCAUCAAAAUUGGCAACAGCACGCUCUGCAUCGCCCACGUGCGCGCGGAUGGCAAGGCGGAGGUGAUCGCCAACAAACAGGGCGAUCGAGUGUCCCAGGCAUGCCUUCUCUGGGACGGAGUCUCGGAGAUCGAAUGUGGCCUUACGGCCAAGCAGAAGAUGGCCACCCGUCCGCGCCAGGCGGUGGCCCACAGCUUUCAGCUGCUUCAGCCUAAGGAACAGCUCACUGAUGAGAAACUGUCCAGUGCGCUGCGGGAAAUUCCCUGCGACUUUGACAAGGAGGAGCUGAUGUUCCGGAUGGAGCACACUGUACCCUCCGAAAAGGAGGACCAGGACGACAGAGUUGUGACCAAGGACCUCAGCGCCUAUCAGGUGACGGUGGAGCUGCUGCGCGCUGAGCUGGAGCUGGCCCAUCAAUAUCACACGGACGGGGAACAGGCACCCAUCGCCGUGCUCUCCAUACCCAGCUACUAUCCCGCCUCGGCCUACAAACUGUUAGCAGAUGCCGCUCAAACCGCUGGUUUCCACGUGGCCCAGAUUAUUAACGAACCCACGGCCGCCGUUCUAGGCUACAGUAUCGGCGAGGAGCAGACGGAAGAGCUCCGCCAUGUGCUGACAAUCAAAUGCGGUGGCUUAUACAGUGACAUCGCCUUUUAUGCCGUCCAAAAUGGCCUGUUCGUCCAGCUGGCCACUUUCGGACCCUUCCCCAUUGGUGGCCGGCAAUUCACCGAGGCCUUGGUGCAGUUCAUUUGCGAGGAGUUCCGCCGCAAGUACAAGCUAGAUCCGCAUGAGUCUCGUCGCUCAGUGGCCAAAAUCCGCACUGCCGCCGCCAACUGCAAACACAUCCUGACCACUAUGCCUUCCACGCAACUUUAUAUCGACUCCCUGAUGGACGGCGUUGAUUACAAUGCCCAGAUGUCGCGUGCUCGCUUUGAGAGCCUCAUCCAGCCAGUUAUCAAUAACCUCAUUCAGCAACUGGGCGAAUGUGUGGAGCAGGCGCAAAAGGAGCAUCCUGGAUUGAGUAAAAUUGAUGACAUCGUUCUACUCGGCGCCACAAUGCAAAUACCCAAACUUCAGGCGGCAGUAGGGGCCCGCUUCCCGGACGCGAAGCUCCACAACAGCCAUUCGGCGGACGAAGUGGUGGCCAUCGGCUGUGCGCGCCAAGCUGUCUGCCUAAUUGACCCCCUCGAACAGCAGCUUCACAAGGAAGAGGAUUGCGUGGUGGCUGAGGAUGACUUGUACAUUUGGCACGGCAAUGACGAAUCUAACGCCAAGUUGGUCCUGGGCAGAGGUAGUGUUCUGCCCGCCAAGAUACGGAUAUCACUGCCUCAAUCAGAGGAGGGAGAGGGUGACGACAUAAGCAAAGGAACUGCUUCGUUUAAGCUGCGAACUGGAGAGAGCGAGAUACUGGCCCGUCUGCCCGACAGCACGACACCGGAGGAUGGCCUUUACCAGCUAGAGGUUGAGGUAGAUGUGGACGAUAAGGAUGGCAACGUGGUGCCGCUGGUGCGACUGCGCUGCAUGUGAGAGCCGGAUUGUGAACCGGGAUCGGUGCGAUGUCGCCUAGACUAUUUAUUGUUGCUAGCCUAAUGAUUACGAUACAAAAACCUAAUAAAGAUAAAUACGAAAGCGGCAAACGAAAAA